AUGGAAUUACGCAAACUUAAAGCCACCAGGGCAGGAAACAGAGGCGCUGUUUCAAGGAAAUUAAAUAAACAUGAAGGAUCCGAAGAAUGCUCCAAAGAAGUUCUCUUGUUAGUUUACCAGGAUUUGAUGAAGAAGAGAAGUUUGAUGAAUAAUUUGGAUGAGCAAAUACUGAGUCAGACAGCUGAGGAGGAGAUCGAGAAUGAAAUCAUUGAGACAGAUGAGUAUAAUUCAGAGUUAGACAUAAAACUGAUAAACUUUAAAAAGUUCAUUGAUGAAAAGUUUGCACAUGUAACUGGGGAGAAAGAUUCUUACAAGUCAAAUGAUGAAUGUGCCGUUUUAAAUCCUCUCGAAAUAAAUCAAAUUCCAUCUGAUCAUACAACAGUCCCUAGUUAUGCUGUCCCACCUGUACAUGAGCAUUUUCCUGUGUCAAUGCCGUCAGGAAGUUUAUCUACUGCUUCUAACCACAAGCUACCGAAGUUAUCGUUACCGACAUUCAAUGGAAACAAAUUAGAGUGGCAAUCGUUUUGGGACUCCUUUAGUUCCGGGAUUGAUGAAAAUGUUAGUUUAAGCAAUGUUCAAAAGUUUAAUUACCUGAAAUCAUUGCUCCUGGGCGAGGCCUUACUUGUCGUUGAGGGAUUUACUCUUACUAAUGCAAACUAUGCAAAGGCAAUUGAGCUUUUGAAGGAGAGAUAUGGACAGCCACACAAGAUUACAAGAGUAUAUAUGCAAGCACUCCUGGAUUUAACAGAACCAAGUGAUUCCUUACACAGUUUGAGAGAAUUUUAUGACAAGAUGGAAACGUAUGUGCGGGGGUUAGAAACAUUAAACCAAACAGAAGAGAGUUAUGGAAGCUUCCUAGUUCCAGUAAUUUUAAGAAAAUUACCAUCAAAAACAAAACAAAACUUAGCCAGGUCACAUGGAAGUGAUGAUUGGACAUUGGGAGAAUUAAGGAAAUCUUUGCGUCAUGAACUGUCAAUUCUUGAAGCUGGAUCAAACACUGAUGCGGAUUGGUAUUCUCACUAUUCUGGUGACUCGACAUUUCAAAGAACAGCAAAUUUUCAUACAAAGGCAUUUAAGGGCAAACCAAUUAACAACAGGAAGCAACCCAAGGCUACGCCUGAAACUGGAGAUGUGAGUAAGUACCAAAGCAAAUCCUGUGUAUUCUGUGAUGAUAAAAAUCAUAUGGGAGGUAACUGCACCUUAACCACUGAACGAAAGAAAAUGAUAGUGAAGCAAAAAUCAUUAUGUUUCAACUGUCUAGGAUCUCAUAGAGUCAAGGACUGUCCUUCAAAGACAAACUGUAAAAAAUGUGGGAAACGCCACCAUACUUACCUAUGCGCCGGCUCAAAGGAAACAACACAUGAAUCAACAUAUCAUGUCACAUCGGAAAACAUCCAGUCAUCAACGAAGUACGAGAAUGUUAUCCCUACCUCAACAAGUCUACACACGUCUUCAAUGACAAAUAUUCCAACAAUACUUAAAACAGCGACAGCCAAAGUUACCAACGGAGAAACAGUCAUGGACACAACUGUUUUAUUUGAUGAGGGAUCACAGAGGUCAUUCGUUACAGAAGAACUAGCACAAAACCUGAACUUGAAACAAACUGGAACUGAAACUUUGAUGAUCGCAGCAUUUGGUGGAAAAGAAAUAAUGCGGACUUUGAAAACGUCAACUUUAUUUCUGAUUGCGGAUUCUGGGGAAAGAAUUCAGAUUCAUGUAGUUAUAGUACCAUGUAUUGCCGCCAAGAUCCAUACGCAUCAAGUACCGAUCAAAAACCUCCCUUACCUGAAAGGAUUGAAAUUAGCACACUCCUAUGAUGGAUCGACAUUUGAUGUUUCUCUUCUUAUUGGAGUUGAUCACUUCUGGGAUAUUGUCGGAAAUGACAUCAUACGGGGAAGUGGACCAACAGCUGUAAGCUCUAAAAUAGGAUAUCUACUUUCAGGACCAACACACUCGAGUGUAAAACAUAAUCAUGUUGCGUCCUACAACAUUCUAUCUUAUCAUCGCCCAGAAGAAUUGAAUUUAGAGAAGUUCUGGAAAAUAGAAGACAUGGGAAGCUUAGAAAAAUCAACUGAUAUGCCAAUUAAGGAUCAGAAUUAUGUCACCUUUGAAAAUGGUCAUUACACAGCAAAGUUGCCGUGGAGGGAAGAAGUCCGUGAUUUACCUUCAAAUGACAUAAUUGCAUUGGAACGCACAAAGAAUGUAAUUCGACGAUUAUCUCGAGAUCCAGAUAUGUUGAAGACCUACAACAAUAUUAUUGAGGAGCAGGAAAAAUGUGGAUUUAUUGAGAAAGUAGAGCAAGAGGACACGCCCAACCAGCAGGUACAUUACAUUCCCCACCAUCCAGUAAAAAAGGAUUCAAGUACAACACCAAUUCGGAUAGUCUAUGACUGCAGUUGUAAACAGUCUGGAUGCCUAAGCCUAAAUGACUGCCUGGAAUCCCACUCUCCACAACUCAAUGAAAUUCCAACGAUUUUAACUCGAUUUCGAGCAAAGAGAUAUGCUGUGUCAACCGACAUUGAAAAGGCCUUUUUACAGAUCAGACUUCAUGAAAAAGACCGGGACAUGACGAGAUUCUUUUGGUUGACAGAUUACACAAAUCCAGACGCUGGGAUAUCUACCUAUCGAUUCAAAGUCGUACUAUUUGGAGCAACUUGCUCGCCAUUCCUUCUCAACAAAACCUUGGAAACACAUUUUGAAAGAAACCCAUGUGAAACCCAAAGAGAAUUGUCGAAAUCGUUGUAUGUAGACAAUGUUUUAACCAGUUUCAACGAUGAAAAUUCACUCAUGAAAUUCUACAAAACUUCCCGUGUUCUCCUAGCAGAGGCUGGAUUCAAUUUAAGAAGUUGGAAUUCGAACAGCAUAAAAUUGUGUGAUACAGCAGCUGAAGAUAGGGUGCUUGACAGUGAUAACAUUGUGAAAAUUCUAGGAUUGAGAUGGAAUCCAAAAACAGACCAAAUUUCCUUUCCAAAACUUGAUUUAGACAUCAAUCGGAAAUUUGCAACAAAAAGAGAAGUUCUCAGCCAAUCAUCCAAGAUUUUUGACCCACUAGGAAUUUUGAGUCCUAUCACUAUUAGAGCCAAACUUCUUAUGCAGGACCUUUGGCAGGAAAAUGUUGCCUGGGAUGAAAAACUUCCAAAAAAUUACCAGGAGAAAUGGUACGAACUUACCGAGGAACUUGCUGAAUUGUCGUUGACUACAAUACCAAGGUAUCUACGUGAACACUUAGCCUCAGAGUGUACAGUUCCUAAUCUGCAUAUAUUCACAGAUGCCAGUAAGAGUGCUUAUGGAGCCUGUGCAUACCUUGUCACAGAAAGUACCUCACAUCUGAUAAUGGCAAAAAACCGAGUCGCACCUAUUAAACCUACAACCUUACCUCGCCUAGAGUUGAUGGGAGCAGUAAUUGGAGCCAGAUUAGCCAACUACCUCAAUGGCAUAUUGAACGUUAAAUCAACAACCUUAUGGUGUGACAGUCAAAUUGUCCUUCAUUGGCUUCAGUCGAAAAAACCAAUGAAUCAAUUCAUCACCAAUAGAAAAGCAGUGAUUGAAGAAUCAACAAAAGGACAUACUUGGAAAUACAUUCCAACUAAUUCCAAUCCCGCAGAUCUUCAAACAAGGGGAAUCUCAUACAAACAAUUUAAAGAUAACAGUCUUUGGAUGAAUGGUCCUCCAUGGUUAACAGAACCAUCCCAGUAUCCCAAGUGGGAAAUUUCAAGGACAUCAGCUUUAACAACAUCUACAGACAAAGAAAAUACGGAGGAUGGAUUAAAGAAUACUGUCAUUCAUGGUGUCAGCAACAUCAUAGACAUAUCACGAUUCAGCAGUCUACAGAAACUACUCAGAGUUACGUGUUAUGUUUUGAGAUUCGUGAAAGUAUUCAAAUCUUCCAGUGAACACAACAAUCAACGGAGGAAGAGAUCUGUUUUAUUUGUGCAACAGCCUCAACUAGAUGAAAUGAAUGAAUCAACAGUACUCUGGAUUAAGGAUGUACAACAAAAAGAAUUCCAAAAAGAGAUUACUGCUAUGAAUGGAGGUAAACAACAAACAUCCCUACAGAAGCAACUGAAACUUUAUCCAGAUGACAAAGGAUUAUUACGCUGUAAAGGUAGAAUUGACAAUUCUUCUUUAGAGGACUCGGCAAAAUAUCCAGUACUGUUACCAAAGAAACACCAGCUUACUGACCUGAUAAUAAUGGAUAUCCACAAAAGAAGUUUACACUCAGGAUGUUCCCAAACCAUCACAGAAAUUCGUCAGUCAUAUUGGAUCCCAGCGAUAAGACAGAGCGUUAACCACGUGCUAAAGAAAUGUAUUCCAUGCCAGAAGGUAAUAGGACAACCAUUUCCAUUACCGGAUCCACCACCACUUCCAAAGGACCGUGUAUCAGACUGCAUACCCUUUUCGAUUGCUGGAGUAGACUAUGCCGGACCCCUUCAUGUCAAAGUAAAUAGACAAACCAAAAAGAUGUACAUAUGUCUGUUUACAUGCGCAACAACCAGAGCUGUUCAUCUGGAACUUGUUCAGGAUCUCUCAACGGAAACAUUUGUAUUAGCAUUCAGAAGGUUCAUUACCAACAAAGGAAUGCCACACACCAUUUACUCAGACAAUGGAUCAACAUUUUUACCGGCACAACGAUGCAUCAUGGAGGAAACUGGCUUAAAUAUUAACUGGAAGUUCAUACCUAAAGGAGCACCAUGGCAUGGAGGUUUUUGGGAACGUCUGAUCAGGAUAACAAAAACAACUCUGCGGAAAAUCCUUGGAAAGGCUUUAGUUAAUGAGACGGUCCUUCGAACCAUACUUUGUGAAACAGAAGCCGCAAUAAAUGACCGCCCACUCACAUAUGUCUCUUCAGAUAUUAAGGACCCACAACCACUGACACCUUCUCUUCUACUUAAUGGACGACGCGCACUUCCAAAAUACUUUUGCGGCCCGGAGAAAGAUCUUCCUGACGAGGAAACGAACCAACAGCAGUUAACAAAAACCUUUAUUCGAAAACAAAACCUACUUAUUGAUUUACAUCAACGGUGGAAACGGGAAUAUUUAACAAGUUUACGCGAACACCAUCGAUGCCUCGGGAACAAUGUGCAGACCUUAAAAGUUGGAGAUGUCGUCCAAAUAUACGAUACUUGCCCAAGAGUAAACUGGAAACUAGGACUAAUAACAGAACUUUUGGAAGGCAGAGAUCACUAUUCGCGUUCUGCUAUUCUAAAAACUAGUAAUGGUCAUACAACGUCAAGACCCGUGUCAAAAUUAUACCCACUUGAACUGUAA